AUGUAUGAUCGAACAAUUGAGGACUUGGCUCGUCUACAGGGAAAGACCAUCGACACGAAGAAAUGCCGAGAUCUUUGGGACAAUUUGGUCCUCGUCAUUGCCAUUACUAGAUGGCGAGAGACCGAGGAGCUCCUCGCGGCCGUGCGUAGCACCUUGGAAACAAUCAGGGCCCAAAAAGCAGCCAUCGGCAAGAUCAAUGACCGGUAUCUUUCGCCCAUGACCACAACAGCCAACAGCUAUCUCAUACACGACAUUUCACGCAGAAAGAUCGUGGAAGGCAUCCUCCGCAUUACCUGCCUGACGCCCGGCCGACGGCAAUCGUGGACAGAAGCAAAAGAAAAUCAUCACCAGUGUGCGGCAGAUGUCACCGAAUAUUUUGGUUGA